AUGAUGAGCAGCAGUAAAUGUUUAUUUAAAAUCAUAAUUUGUCUGUUUGGACUGCCCGCCGGCUUUUGUAACGUUCAACCUACUAUUAUGAAUCCAAGCAUAUUGUCUCCUACUAAAACCCUUGGCGAGUGUCAAGCGUGCAAGCUAUUUGUGGAAUCGUUCAAGAAAGGUCUAGAAAGAACAGCUCGUGGAAAAUAUGAAGGUGGUGAUGCAGCCUGGGAGGAAGAGAAACUUAAGACCACUUAUAAAAGAAGUGAAAUGCGUUUAGUUGAUAUACAAGAAGGCAUAUGUAAAGAUGAAAAAGAUCACUCAAUACAAUGCCAUAAUAUGGCAGAAAAAGCUGAAGAAUACAUUGAGGCAUGGUGGGCUCAGAAUCCAGAUGAGUCUUCAGAUCUUUUGACAUAUAUUUGCAUAGAUAGUUUAAAGACUUGUUGCCCUAAACACCAUUUCGGUAAAGAUUGUAUACCUUGCAUUGGCGACCAUUCUAAUUUAUGUAAUGGUAAUGGAAAAUGCAGGGGUGAUGGUACAAGAAAGGGUAAUGGCACUUGUUUAUGUGAUCCUGGUUACAUAGGGGAUAACUGUGAUCAAUGCUCCACUGGUUACUAUUUAUCUUAUAAAGAUGAUAAUAAAAUUACUUGCUCUCCAUGUCACAGAGCAUGUAUGGGAGGUUGCCGUCAUGGCACACCAAAAGAUUGCUUUGCUUGUAAGCCAGGUUUCCUGUUCGAUUCUGAGGAAGGAUGUCUAGAUAUCAAUGAGUGUGAUGAUGUGAACAGAUGUACUAAAGAUGAGUUCUGCAUGAACUCUAUUGGAUCUUUUAAAUGUGUGUCAUGUGAUAAGUCUUGUUCGGGGUGCCAUGGUGAUGGACCAGAUAUGUGUCGUAAAUGUGCCAAUGGUUAUUCUAAAAAAGGGGAAUUCUGUAUAGCCGAUAGAGAGGAUGAAGACUCAUCUGAUAAAUUGACAAUGACAAGAAACACUGAGCUGUAA